AUGAGCAACAAUUCAGGCACGAUGCCAUACAUCAAGAGUGAACCCGAUGAGUACGGCAACACUCCCAGCCGGUUCAUGUCUGCCUCAACCUUUGGCAACCCUCAAAACUACGGGAGCCAAUUCAACCACACCCAAGAAAGCGGAAGCAUCAACCCCUCCGAUCUCUCCAUGCAGGCCGCCUCUCUAGGAGGGAUGCAGUACAACAAUUUCGCCGGAGGAAACAUGUCGUCCAGCUUCAGCAUGGGUAACUCGGGCUACGACGACAGUGAAUUGCUGGAGAGUCUUGACUUUGGAAACAACGGCCAAGGCAUGCUUGAUGACUUCUCCACCAUGACACAACAGAACAACAGCAGUAACAGAGGCACAGGUGCCAUCCCGAUGAAUCACGCGAACCAGUUGUCCAACAUGUAUUCCAGCACUCCCGAUGGAGCCCCUAUCCAAAGUCCUUUCUUGGGCACGUUCGAUUAUAGCCAGUUCCGCCCCAUGGGCUCGCUGCCUCAGCAUAUGUCGCCUUUACAAGGGUCCCAGUUUGCAAAGCGUCCAAGCAUCCAGUCGGCGAACCGGAAGUCAUCCGAUCCGCGGACUCCUUUGACUCCACGCACUGCAGCUAUGGCAGGACUUCACAUUGGAACUCCAGAAUCGGGAAUCCUUGCAAACGGUCGACCGAUUAGGGCACCCAAUGUGCAGAGCAGACAUUCCAAGACGUUAUCUGGCCAGUAUGACAGCACUCCGGGAAGCCUGCACUCAUAUCUGGACUCUCCAUUGUCGUCGCCUGGUACUGGGCCUCACCAUGCCGGUAUCUCGGAAACCCUCGGUACCGCUCAGCAUGCCUCCUUGCCGGCCAAGGUUGAAAAUGGGCUCAGUAAUGCGGAGACGGUAGAGGCCAAGAAGCGAAGAAGACGAGCUUCGCAUAAUGCCGUCGAACGCCGAAGACGGGACAAUAUCAACGAACGAAUCCAGGACCUGUCACACCUGGUGCCGCAACAUCGCCUGGAAGACGAUAAGGUCAAGAAGCAACUUCAAAACAACGGGCCGCUGUCGCCGUCUAUGGGUGCCACCAGUAUGAGUCCCCCCAACGCAGCGACCUCAUUGCUUGCGGGCGCUGCCGGUCGGCGUGCAGCCAGCACGGCGGGCAAUAUAACAAUUGGACUGCCUAUAGAGGAAAAAGAGAAAGGACCUAACAAGGGCGACAUUCUCAACGGUGCCGUGAGCUGGACGCGUGAUCUCAUGUGGGCCCUGUAUCAGAAAUACCAACAAGAAGACGAAUUAGCUCAAUACAUUACUUCCAUGGGCGGGCAGUGGCCGUUUCAGCUCACGGACGAUGAGAAACGCAUGCGGUCAGAAUUGAUGGAUGCCAUGGAAAAGAAUGAUUCCAGCACAUUUGCAUAUUCCAGACCGGAUGGAAGUGGGCUUCGGGUUCCUCGUCAUACCAACGUCGCCGGCGAACGAUUGCAGAGCAAUUCAAGUCUCAGUCCACAGAGCAAUUUUGAGCUCAGCCCCGGCUUUCACAGUGGAGGUAGCGGCACUAACAGUGGCAGCAACGGGCCCGGCCAGCCUCAAUUCUGGCACAGUGCCGGUCACUCGGGGAUCAGCUUCAAGGAAGAAGACGAGUUCAUGGAGAUGACUUAA